GCGUAUUAUUCCCAAUAAAUGUUUGUAUUCAUUACUGAUAGCAGUUUUGCGGAAAGUCCUUCCUGAAUUGCGUUGGUAUGGAGUCGCUGAACUACCGACGCUUUCUCGGCUUGUUCUUUCUUUUCGUUACGUGCGCGGCUUGGAUAGGCGCGAGCUUUAUUACACAAUUCCUUGUGUCAGGGGGCUCUGGAGACGCGGGACCGGAGAUAGAACCCUGGCUCCUCACGCUGAUAUGCAGCUCAACGUUCUGCAUGUACAUACCGAUCGGAUUCUGGGCGAGGAGAAGGGCUGCAGCCAAAGCAGGGGAUUGUAAUAACACUGGUGCGGCAGCGGACGAUGAAGAGGCGGCGGCGGAGGCUGACGCAGCCGCAGGGAACACAGCAGGAGGUGCCAGCGAGGCGUCAGCAGCUGCAAAGGCCCGGAGAACCUCAGAGCGACAGCCGCUCUUGGGAGCGGGGCUGGGUGAUGCCACAGAGGACCGUGUUGGCGUUGGGGGUGGCGGCGGGGCGUUAAAAGGCGAUGCAGACCAGGCAGAAGGCGAAGAGGAGCAGGUGGAGGGGUCGGAGGGUGACGGCAACGGGGGCGAAGUGGCGCUGUCAACGAUUGUCAAGGCGGCUAUGCUGGUAGCUCCGGUGUGGUUCGGCGCUCAGCUCACCUUCACGGCCAGCCUGCAGUUCACCUCCGUCACCUCCAACACAGUGCUCAGCUCGUGCAGCUCGCUGUUCGUGUACCUGGGGGCGCUGGCGCUGCGCCAGGAGCGGGGCAGUCACCUGCGGCUGGCGAGUGUGGUCGCAGCCAUGGCGGGCACGGCGCUGGUCACGCUGGCGGACAGACGCAGCGGCGGCGGCGGCGGCUCAGGCGGUGGCGGCGGCGGCUCAGGCGGCGGCGGCGGCACGGGCGGCGGCUCCGCCCCCCUGCUGGGUGACAGUCUCACGCUGCUGGCGGCGGCACUGUAUGCGGCCUACACACUCAUCAUGAGGAAGAUGCUGGUCAAGGACGAUGCGGUGGUGACGGCGCUGUUCUUCGGUUGCAUCGGGGCGCUGUGUACGGCGGUGCUGCUGCCGCUGGUGGCGGGGCUGGCGGCGGCGGGGUCGGCGGUGGUGACACGCGUCACGGGGCAGGCCCUGGGCCUGGCGCUGGUGCAGGGCCUCGUGGACUACGUGGCAGCUGACUAUGCCUGGGCGCGCGCCGUCAUGCUGCUGGGCCCCACCGCCACCAGCUGUGGGCUGGCGAUGCAGAUCCCCGCCGCCGCCGUCAUCGACGCCCUUGCCAACGGGAACAAGCUGGCCUGGACAGAGACGCCGGCGCGGCUGGCGCAGUUUCUCACAGGCAGCGUGUUGAUCAUCGGCGGCUUCAUGGGCGUGUCGUUGGAGCCGCGCACAUGGGCGGCCUGGAUGCAGCGCUGGCGGCGGCGCCGUGCUGGAGGUAGCAGCGGAGGCGGCAGCAGCGGAGGAGGGCGCCUCAGCAGCAGUGCUGCCGGGCCGCAGGACGGCGGUAGGAGCGGUAGCGUCACGGGGCGAGGCCAGGGCCUGGGUGGCUACGAUCGGGCGGAGGUGGCUGCGGGGCCCGGUGGCGGUGGUGAUACGCGGGCGCAACUGCUGGGGGCCGGACGGGCCGGGACUGGCCUGGUGGGAAGCGGCGCUUCGUUAGGGUCUGAUGCAAGGAAGGAGGCUGUGGAGGAGGGGGCAGUGGCAAGGGAGGGGCUGGGGCGCAGCAAGGGUAGAGGAGGCAAUGACGCGUUGGAGGGUACGGCGGGAGGCGUGGCGGGCCGAGCGCUGAGGGCGGCGGGACAGGCCCUGGGGCGAGGGGGUGGUGCGGACGGUGUGACUGCCUCGUACAUUCCUCUAACGGACAAGAGCCAUGAGGGCAAGUGAAGCAUGCGGCUCACGUGCGCCAUCCAGCUGCUGGCUGAGCGCGUGCAAGAUGCGGCGGUGUGCUCACUGCUUGAUGGGUGCGUACGGUUGCCCUAGCCAACGCGCUUAGGCUGUGGCCAGUGUGCGGGUGCUGUGUUGGAGAUGUUGUGCCUAGCGCUGUCAGGACAGUUGUGAGCGUAACGUGGUUGUAACCCGAAAGCGCG